AUGAACAAACGUGACAAGAAGUGUGAAUCAGUACACGAAGACAAACAGGUAGAGCUGCAAUCUAUGGAUGAUGUAUUGGCCUAUGUUAUCGGUCCCCAUGGCUUAUGGCAGUGCAUACUUUUGUGCACUGGAGUUAUCGGAUUACCACCGUAUGAAAUGUUCAGUAUUUUUGGCAACGCCAAACCCAAUGUGCGGUGCCGCAUGCAGGAUGAUAUGGAAAGUCUGCUCCAGAAUAUGACUUUUGAAGAAGCGACUCAAUUUAUCCGAGGCAAUCCCACGAACGUGGAUGUCGUCUAUUCCUAUCUGCCCGAAUGUUAUCAUAGACUGUCUGGAAAGUUAAACUCGACAGAGUUCUGGUCUCUUUCCAACCUGACAUACUCCAGCCUUUAUACACCCAUGGUUCAGAGGUGCCCAAAUGGCUACGUAUACGAGCCCCGAAAGGAUCAAUAUCCAUCCAGUAUCAUUGAAUCUUUUGAUCUUGUUUGUGACCGGGCCUGGUUGGAACCAUUCAGCACGACAAUGUUUAUGAUUGGAAUGCUUCUAGGAUUCUAUCUGGGAGGAUGGGCGGGGGACAGGUUCGGCCGACGACCCACUAUUAUAUUUUGGUACACCCUGGGUACGACGACAGGCUUUCUUGCCUCAUUUUCACCGAACGUUGCUUGGCUAUGCUUGGGUAGGUUUAUUCUGGGUGCGGCUGAUAGCGCACGAUUAACCGUCCUGUACAUCCUCGUGUUUGAGCUAACGAUUCCCAAAUGGAGGUCAAUAUUGUGCUCGUUUUGGACCAUGUUGCAGUCAUUCUGUGCGAGGGCUUUUGUCGCAUUUUUGGCUUAUCUGAUCCCUGAUUGGCGGUGGUUGAAUUUCGCUAUGACCGGGGUUGGAUUUGCCGGUGUUGUGUACUUCUUUGUCGGUCCUGAGUCACCAAGAUGGUACUUGGCUCGUGGAGAAAGCAAAAAGGCGUUAGAUGUGUUAGUCUCAGGCUACCGUUAUAACCACUUUGGACAGUAUCCCCCGGAGGAAGAACUGGCUCGUUUGAGAACCUUUACCGAGAUGGUGGGAAGCAGGAACACUGCAACACGGAUGGAUGUAGCCCUGGAUGCGGAGACGCGGAGGAAAAAAAGUUUUGUCCACUGGAUCAAAUCGACCAGUAUCUGGGAGUUUUUCCGUUCAUCAGAACUAACCAGGCGCAUAAUACUGGGAUCCUUGGUAUUUCUUUGUCAUAUAUAUUGUUAUUUCGGGCUUUUGUUGUACAGUAAUCAUGUGCGAGGAAACGUUUAUCUUGUUACUGUGAUUAAUUCGGCCACAGCGCUUCCUGGAACUCUACUUUCGUGUGCACUAUAUAGGAUUUUUAGCUGGCGUAAACGACCCAUCAUUGGAGUUUUCACAUCAGCCUUCCUGACUUCACUCGUAGCCGCCCUUUGUACGCUGACUAACGUUGAUCCAAAAGACAUAAUUCUAACUAUCUGUGUAGGUUUGUCUCUGCUUAUGUUGGAAUCUGGCAUGGAUAUGAUAUACAUUUAUAUACCCGAGUUGUUCCCAACGCUACUGCGGUCUAAAGGCUUGGGCUUUUGUGCUGGCUUUGCGCGACUGGGAUCUGCUUUGUGCAGCUUCACCAACGCUUUGGACACUUCCCUUGGUCACGGCGUGCCGAUAGCUUUCUACACCGUUUCGAUUGCUUUGGUAGUUGUUGCUCUUCUACCACUACCGGACACAAGAGGUUAUGAACUGGAGGAAAUAGUUGAACGCGAUAAUCAGCUGGAAUGGAAUUCGAGUGAGCAGUUCGGCUCCAGUAUUUCGGUGCGUCGAUUUUAG